AUGAAGGCUUUGGUGUAUUUUAUCACUUUUAUUCGUUUCUUUAACUUGGUCAUUGCCAAAAACGUGUUUGACAUAACCAAAAUUAACAUCUCUGGUGAUGAAAGAGCGCAGGGAAUUGAGAAGAGAAUGAAUCAUGAUCAGCAAACUCCUCAAAGCUUCGAUGAGGAAUAUGCGAAGCAGAGAGAACAGCAGCGGCUAGCUGCUGACUUUUCCUCAUUUUCUACUAACUUGUUGAGCUUCAAAGACCCGAUUUCUAUUUUCACCUACUACCUUCGUGAUAAUUAUGAUUUUAUCCAUACUGGUCCGCUUAAAGACAUCAUCAUCUUUAUUCCGACCGACAAUGCCAUUAAAAAGCUUAGUGAAAAACCUUGGGAGUUCCCUUCUUUAAUUGUUCCAUCUAUGGAUGAAAAGACGGCUGAUAAGGUUUCGAAGGAAAAUGUUUUGAGCUUUGUCAAGAGUCAUUUGGUCAAUAUUUCAGAUUUACAAUAUAAACUACCAGAGGAUGGCAGUGAUAUUACUUUCAAAACCAUCAAUAACAAUGAUAUUAUUAUUAGGAAUUACAACAGCGAUUUUUGGGCUAGCGCAGAAAGAGGCUCUUCUAGAGGUGCGAAAAUUAUAUCCUCGAAAGUUGAAAAGUACGCUGAACAAACCAUUACACUUAUUGUAAUUGAUGGUACAUUGGAUUGGCCUGAAAAGCAUUGA